AGACGAACGGUCCCCCACCCCGCCCAGCACCCCCCACACAACACAGAUACACCCAGCUCUCAGACUGUACAAGCAAUCCAUCCAAACGCAGAUGAUUACAACCUCCUCUUUCAGCUCCCAUAAGCACCCAUUUUUUUUUUAAACAAUGAAGCUUGAGAUUUGCUCCUUCUCUGGUCACAAGAUCUACCCUUCCAAGGGAAAGACCUACGUCCGUAUUGAUUCUAGCGGUAAGGCUGCUUCUUACUUCAUUCAACGUUUGAACCCCCGUAAGAUCAAGUGGACCGUCAUCUACCGUCGUUUGAAUAAGAAGGGUAUGACCGAAGAAGCCGCCAAGAAGCGUUCUCGUCGUACCGUCAAGCAUGAACGUGCUGUUGUGGGUGCCUCUUGGGAUGCCAUUCGUGCCAAGCGUAACCAAAAGCCCGAUGCUCGUGCUGCCGCUCGUCAAGCCGCCAUCUCCAAGUCCAAGGACGCCAAGAAGGCCGCUGCUGCUGCCAAGAAGGCUGCUGCUCCUGCUGGUCAAGCUAAGGUUAGCAAGCAAGGUGCCAAGGGUUUCGCCCCUAAGGCUGCUGCCACCUCCCGCUAAUUUUUUUUUUUUUUUUUUUUUU